AUGGAGCGUCGUCAUAGAGAACACGCGGUCGACGGCAGAACUCUCCACACGUGUCAUCCUUGCCGGCGCACCGUUCCAUACAGAAUCUACGCCGUAGUUCAUACGUGUGGUAUCGUAGCCCUCAUGUACCAUCAUGUACACUCACUUCUCACAGCAAACACACCUCUAAUAAUUACAUGUCUUCUUCUCCUCUCCGACAUCGUUCUCACCUUCAUGUGGGCCACUGCAACGUGCCUCCGGUUCAACCCGGUUCACCGGACCGAGUACCCUGAGAACUAUGCAGCUCAACCGGAGGACUUUCCAAAGCUGGACGUGUUCAUAUGCACGGCUGAUCCGUACAAGGAGCCUCCCAUUAUGGUGGUCAACACAGCCUUAUCGGUGAUGGCCUACGAUUAUCCGUCCGAUAAGAUCUCAGUCUACGUAUCGGACGAUGGAGGAUCUUCGUUAACUUUGUUUGCUCUUAUGGAGGCUGCUAAGUUCUCUAAGCAUUGGCUGCCCUUUUGCAAGAAUAACAAUGUUCAAGAUCGGUCCCCUGAAGUUUAUUUCUCAUCAAAGUCACAUUCGUGGAGUGAUGAAGCUGAGAAACUUAAGUUGAUGUACGAAGAUAUGAAGAGUCGAGUAGAACAUGUGGUAGAGAGUGGAAAAGUUGAAACAGCGUUUAUCACAGCCGAUCAGUUUCGUGGAAUAUUUGAUUUGUGGACCGAAAAAUUCACUCGUCAUGACCAUCCCACUGUAAUUCAGGUGCUACAAAAUAGCGUGACUGAUAUGGAUGAUACCAAAACAUAUAUAAUGCCAAACCUAAUUUAUGUUUCAAGAGAGAAGAGUAAGGUUUCACCACAUCAUUUCAAAGCCGGUGCUCUUAAUACCUUGCUACGAGUGUCUGGAGUGAUGACGAAUUCACCUAUCAUUCUAACACUAGACUGUGAUAUGUACUCGAACAAUCCUGUAGCACCAACUCAUGCCUUGUGCUACUUAACCGAUCCUGAAAUCAAAACCGGUUUAGGGUUUGUGCAGUUUCCUCAAAAAUUUCAAGGAGUAAGCAAGAAUGAUAUCUAUGCAUGCGUGUACAAGCGUCUUUUUGAUAUCAAUUCGAUUGGGUUUGAUGGUCUAAUGGGUCCGAAUCAUGUGGGAACUGGCUGUUUCUUCAACCGACGUGUUUUUUAUGGGGGUCCAUCUAAUCUGAUUUUGCCUGAGAUAGAUGAACUUAAGCCCGAUCGUAUUGCCAAAAAGUCCAUCAAGGCUCAAGAUGUUUUGGCAUUGGCACACAAUGUAGCCGGAUGUGUCUACGAGCACAACACCAAUUGGGGCACCAAAAUUGGAUUUAGAUAUGGGUCUUUAGUAGAAGACUACUACACAGGGUAUAGACUCCACUGUAAAGGAUGGAGAUCAGCUUUUUGCAGUCCUAAAAGAGCAGCAUUUUGUGGAGAUGUCCCAAAAAGUCUAAUUGAUGUAGUGAGCCAACAAAAAAGAUGGGCAAUUGGGCUUCUUGAAGUUGUCUUCUCAAGGUAUUGCCCCAUUAUCUAUGGUGUCAAAUCAAUGGGUCUAUUAAUGGGAGUAGGCUAUUGUCAAUAUGCAUUUUGGGCAUUUUGGUCGCUUCCUGUUAUCGUCUAUGGAUUCUUGCCCCAACUAGCCCUCCUAUAUGGAGUUAGCGUUUUCCCCAAGUCAUCAGAUCCAUGGUUUUGGCUUUACAUCGUCUUGUUCCUCGGUGCAUAUGCGCACGAUCUACUAGACUUCGUGUUAGAAGGAGGAAAUUAUGGUGGAUGGUGGAACGAUCAAAGAAUGUGGUCGAUAAGAGGAUUCUCCUCGUUCUUAUUUGGCUUCAUAGAGUUCACUCUUAAAACCCUAAACCUCUCCACGAAUGGAUUUAACCUCACAAGCAAAACCAACGAUGAUGAAGAACAGAGUAAGAGGUAUGAGCAAGAGAUCUUUGAUUUUGGCCCUUCCCCCAUGUUCUUGCCCAUGACUACGGCCGCGAUCGUGAAUCUCCUUGCUCUGGUCUGGGGACUUUAUGGUCUUCUCGCUUGGGGACAAGGGGUCGUACUUGAAUUGAUGCUGGCGAGCUUCGCAGUGGUGAAUUGCUUACCAAUCUAUGAGGCUAUGAUGUUGAGGAAAGAUGAAGGAAAAUUACCAAAAAGGAUUUGUUUCUUAGCUGGGAUCCUCACAUUUGUUCUUAUUGUAUUAGGUUUCUUCUUCCUCAAGUAACUGCACCCAUUAGGGUUCAGUAGUUUCAUAUAUAAUAAAUCAAUAAUAUUGCGUCUGGAUUGUGGUAAAUUAGGAGGAAUAGUGUCACAAAUCUAUGCAAUUUGAUGUAAUAUGCUCUCAGCCUCUCACCUCAAUGUAGAACGUACAUAAAUUUGAUA